UUGAAAAGGAGACACUCCACUUGAACAAACAGAUCUUUGUUCAUUCCACAGUCAGCCAAUCUGAUGCCUCUGGGCUUGGCCUCCACAGCACUAAGUCAACUUGCCUCUGCCACAACCACAGUGUUUACAGAAAAAACAAGGAUCAGACAGAAGCAGGAUGAGGAGCCUUUUUUUCCUUCUCAUGGUUGCAAUAGCAUCCUUGGGAGAGAGCAAGGAGGGCAGUGAGAGGCAUCAACGAGCCAAACGGGAAUCCUUGUCACGUUCCAAAAGAAGAUGGGUCCUGAAUACCAUAGAACUAGAAGAGGAAAUGGACGUGAAAUACCCAUACAAAAUUUCCACGAUGUACAAUGACAAGAAAGAAAAUGUUCAACAUGAGUUUCAAAUAACUGUAGAGGAUGGGCCCGAAGGACUGUUCACCAUUAAUAAAACAACUGGGGAAGUUUAUGUACAUAAGCGCCUCGACAGGGAAAAGAAGAAAUCCUAUCAUAUCACAUUUGAUGUCUGGGACAUAACACUAGGAAAAACAAUUGACAAAGAACUGUCUUUUGAUGUGGACUUAAUAGACAUAAAUGACAACGCACCGAGGUUCACUAAUAAGUUUGAGGAAAGUUACUAUGUGAAGGAAAAUACGAAAAAAGGAGAGUACCUGCCAGUGUCAGUGAACGUUAUAGACGACGAUGAACCAGGCACAAUUAACUCAACAGUCGUGGUCACUGUGGGUAAACAAAGCCCAGCUAAACCAAAGAUUGGAGUAAAGAAAAUUGAUGACAGACUACAUCGACUUGUAUCUGAAGGAUGCUUUGACUAUGAUGAAGCAAAACAGUAUUCAAUUGUUAUUAUUGCCUCUGAUCUUGGAAAGACACCUCUUUCCAGAAAUGUGACUGUCAUUCUCAAUAUAAAUGACACAAACAGUAAACCACCCAAGUUCAAGAAGAGAGAGUAUGAAGCUCAGGCUAACGAAACGCAAAUCUAUAAAGAAAUUUUAAGAGUUGGAGUAGAUGAUGAGGACACUCCCAACACUGACGGCUGGAGAGCCAAAUACUCCCUUAUCAGCGGCAAUGAAGAUGGAACAUACAAUAUUACCACUGACCCUAUAACAAACGAGGGGAUUAUUGGUGUUGCCAAGGGGAAGAAUUUUGACAUAACUACUUUGGUAAAACUGCAAAUCGAAGUUGAGAAUAUUGAACCUUUAAAAGUCUGUAAAGAUGGAAAAUUAAUUGAAGAUCUAAGCAACCUUCCACCAAAAGAUUCUGUCAGCAUCACAGUGAAAAUGCUUGACACUAAUGAUGCCCCAGUGUUUGAAAAAAGUAAAGAAAAUGUAUACCAGACAGAGGAAUCAAAGGAAGGACAGGUGCUGUAUACUCCUGUGGCUAAAGAUGUUGACUCCUCUAACAUCAGGUUUGAACUGUUAGAAGACCCUGCUGAAUGGGUGACUAUCGAUGAAAAGACAGGAAAAAUCACAACAAUCAAAAAGAUGGAUAGAGAGUCACCUUAUGUAGAUGAGAACAAUAUUUACAGAAUUGUUAUUGCUGCCAUUGAUGAUGGUUCACCUCCAGCCACAAGUACAUGCACAGUCAAUGUCCACCUCAGGGAUAUCAAUGACAACACUCCUACGCUGCUCAACAAUACUGUCAUUUUGUGUUCAAACGAAGCUAACAAGGUCAUGGUGCGUGCUAAAGAUGCUGAUGCUGAUCCUUUCAGUGGCCCCUUCAGUUUCUCCUUGGCAGAUGAUAAAACUGCGACAGAACGCUGGAAAAUAGAACCUGAAUAUGGUGUAGAAGUUAGCGUUAUAUUGCUGACAAAACUUCCCAAUGGUAACUACUCUGUGCCACUGGUGAUUCAGGACAAGCAGAAUAGACCUUCUGAGGAGAGUUUGUUUGUCGUGGUGUGUCACUGUGUCGAACCCGGUGUGUGCGCUGAACCGAAGCCUCUGUCAACUGGCAUUGGUAUUGCUGCCAUAGGACUAAUUAUUGCAUCACUGCUUGUUUUUCUGUUGUUGCUCCUUUUGUUGAAGCCCCUACGAAAAUCAUUUAUAAUCCCUGAAGUGAAUGAAGAAUACAAACAGACUUUGGUGAAGUACAAUGACGAAGGACUGGGCGAUGACUGCAAUGCUGGGGCCAACAUUUUUGCAUCAAAGACUACGCAGAGUGUGAUAGACGGCAUCAAGCUAGGCCACAUGGAGAACAUUGAGGCCUUCACAAGAAAUACUGACACAUUCCGCACAACAACCACCAAUAUGAGCUCAAACAUGAACACGUGGGACUUUCAGCAGCAGAGAGGCUUCUCCAGAGGCAUGAACGGGAGAUCGAAACGCUCAACAUGGAUAAGCAACAGGAGUGGCACAGUUAAGAGUAACCUCACCUUUAACCGUUCUUUAAGUACCUGGUCAGAUGAUCGUUUCAAUAGUCUACUAGACGAGAAUUCAAGUGUCACAAAUAGUGACCAAAAAAAUGGCUCAGAUGACCAGGUCAAGACUUAUCAUCAUGAAGGUAAAGGCGAUAGCUGUGUGUCACUGGAUGGGCUGUCAUUGGACUGGCAUGAGGAUGACUUAAGCUUUUUGAAUGAUCUCGGACCACAGUUCAAGACCUUGGAAAAGAUCAUUAUGCGGGAUAAGUCUGAAGUUCUUAAAGCAGAGACGUCUGAAAUUUGAAAGAAUGCUGGAACCAAACAUUCAUCCCAAUUAAAUCUCUCAUGCGCUCUAGCUUGGAGUUAAAAACUGAUGCAAGUUGACUUUUUCAUAGUUGCAUCAACAUAAUAGCUGAAUUUUGUACAUAAUGUACAUAUACAUACACAUCAUGCACCUUUAAAGUGAAGUACCACACACUUGCAUUUAAACACUACAAAGAGUUUGUGUGGUAAAGGAUCUGCUGUUUGAAGCAGGUCAUGCUCUGUCGAUUAUGAAAAGUUGCUUUUUGUCAGACUUUGGAUGUACUUUUUUGUGUCAUACUAUGUUAAAGCGAGCGAAAUUGGUUCAAUUUUGACAUCUAACAUAUGAAUACUUGUGGAUAUUGGGAUUUUUUAAAAUUAUUUUUGCUAUAUAUAAACUUUUUGUAAAGCGUCCUUUCUGAGGAUGAACAAAAAAACUGGGUAAAGUGAAUCAUUUUUUUGCUGUGCACUUGUUCAUGUAAAUGCUGAGGGCAUAGUGGGGAAAUAAUGCUAGACAUUUGGCAAAAUUUUAUUUACUGCUUUUUUUUGUGAUAUGAGCAACUUAUAAUUUUUGUUUUGGAUUCUACAUGUAUUGUGUUAUUAACAUUGUUUAACAUUACGAAGAAAUAUUCACAGCAAUAGAAUGUGAAUGUGUUAAGCUUAUUCUCCAGUUUCCAUCUGAACAAAAAGAACAUUGUAAUUGGAUUAUUAUGUGUUGUUGGCUCAUUAUGUUUGUUAAUAAUGGCAGGUUAUAGAUCUGGGUGUCUUUUAUCUGCCGACGCUGAGUCAUACGGUGCUUUCAGUUUGUACUCGAAAGUCAGGUUUUAAAAGGUCUUUCUUGGAAAUGCCAAAACAAUGUUUCUGAAAGUUUGACUUGAAACACCAACACCGUAAGAGGUUGUCAAGCCGCUGAGAGGUCAAUAUUCAAUGUGGCUGUCAUACAAAAGAAAAAGAAACAUAGUGAGAGUUUCCAAGUUAUUGGCACUUGUGACAGUACGUAUUAUUAACUUUUAUCACACACAGCACUGUACAACUUCUAUUUAUGAACAUCUGACUUUUAAGAAAAAUAAGCACUGGGCAGAAGGAGCUUAAAAACAUGCAACCUUCUUGUUGUGUGGUUGAGUAGACAAAAAAUAAUGAUGUUGUAACCUUUUUGUCAGUUCUCAAUAAACAACUUGUCAAACAUC